AUGCCCCAAUAUCAGUACACUGCUUCACCAUUGUCAAUUCCGGGUCACGGAAAAUCUGCAUUUUCUUCGAGACGCGGAAAGAUGUGUGGUUUUUCUGAUACGGGUCACUUGGAGUAUUACAAUUACAACAAUAAGUCUUCAGGGAUAAUAAGGUGUGGAAAAAGGGAAAAUAUUAAGGAAAAAGAGACGAAAAAGAUUAAGCUCAAGGGGUUGUCGAAGGAUUUGUCUACGUUUUCUAACAUGGGUUUUGGAUUUAACUCCGAUGAAGGUAAAGGCAACACCACGAUUACGAAAGCAGCUGAGUUAUUGAUGGAACAACUAGAGAAACUGAGGGUAGAGGAGAAGGAAUUGAAGAAGAAAAAGAAAGAAGAAAGAAAAAUGCCAAACAAUUUGCAAUUUUGGGGGUUUAUUCACAAAACCAAGAUUAUCACGUGA